ACUAAUACCCAAUCUUAGCGGGUCUUUCAAAGAAACCAUUCUAUACCUCAAAAAUCAAUUUUGAGAAAAACUCGAGCAACUCCAAUGGCUUCUCAAACCCUAAUUCUCCAAAACCCAAAUCUUCCCAGAACUACCAUCCUCUCUCCUCCUUCAACCCUAAUCUACUCGAAACCCAGAACAAUUUCAUUGUUCACACGGUCAAAUUCACUCGCAGCUCCUUCUUUACUCAUUCUUAAAUCUAAAAAAUUCACAGUUUCGGCAUCAUCCUCAACUGUUCUCGAAAACCCCUCUACGAAAUCUGACCCUUUAAUCACUAGCUCUACGCGUACGAUUACAACUUUCUUUGCAGUCACUUUAGCUGUAUCGAAGUUGAUUUUCCAAAAAUUGAGCUUCAAUGGACUGGGGCAAUCUCUGGCGUAUUCUGCGGGGCCAAUGUUUUUCGCUGCCCUUAGGAAUCAGUCUACAACAGGAGGAUUGAAUACCCCUUUCACCGUGGUUGCUGCUGGAAUGGCGAAAUGGCUUGAUAUAUACAGUGGGGUUUUGAUGGUUCGGGUUUUGCUCAGUUGGUUUCCGAAUAUACCUUGGGACAGGCAGCCAUUGUCAGCUAUUAGGGACCUUUGUGAUCCUUAUCUGAAUCUCUUCAGGAACAUAAUUCCCCCAAUUUUUGACACUUUGGAUGUGAGUCCUCUUUUGGCUUUUGCAGUUUUGGGUACACUUGGUUCAAUUCUUAACAGCAGCAGGGGAUCGUACUGAGGCAAUUGGCAACAUAUGGUGUAAGGACCAAUGAUGCUUUUAAAAAUCUAUUUUUUUUAUGUUAGUAUUUUAUUACGCGUGUGUUAAGAGUUUCGACGGUAUUGUAGUUGUAAUGUUGAUUUCAGAAAUUUUGGUGACACUCAAAUGUUAUUUAUAUACUUGAAUGAGAAGCUAAUUAAUGGGUUGCGAAUAUAGUGGCUGUUUGCCACUGAUGAAUUUUCUACUA